CGAGGCAGGAGCAAGCGCCGAUCUUUCCCUAUUUCCCUUGUUUUGCGUUUUUACAGCAGUCUGACUGAAACAGUGAAACGGAGCCACUUCCCGCCGUUUUCUCUAACUGUUUCCUUUUUCCUAUGCGACAUCGUUUCUCUUUUUGCUCUCUCUCUCUCUCUGAGUGCGCCCGCUCAGUGUUGCCUUAUCUUAUCCAAUCACUACAAGCUUGAAAAAGAUUCAUCGACCGUCACUUCAACGUCUAAUGGCAAUAAAGAAUGCUUCUUUUGGAAUUCAAACUCAGAAGACAAAAAACAUAAUCAACUCUUUCUAUAGCUCGUUCAAUGCCAAUGGCGAAAAUCUCAGAGAAGGAAGUGUACACUGUGAGAAGAAGAAUAGCUUCUGUCUCAAACCAUCUCAUUCCGGUUCCUCAAGCUUCAAACUAUGGCUCCAUUGAAUUAUCCACGACUUCAAUGAACGAUGCCUAUCACAGAAUCCAUGGGGAAGUAUCGACUGAGCCAGUCGUUUGGAGAAAUGCCAGUGAUGGGUCCAAAGAGGAGUUCACUGACAUUGUAUACGAGAAAGCAGUUGGCGAAGGGAUUGCAAAGAUUACUAUUAAUAGGCCAGAGAAAAGAAAUGCAUUCCGGCCGCAGACGGUAAAGGAGCUGAUUCGCUCGUUCGAUGAUGCUAGAGACGAUUAUUCUGUCGGGGUUAUCAUUCUAACUGGACAGGGAAGCAAGGCAUUUUGCAGUGGUGGUGAUCAGUCAUUAAGAACUGCUGAUGGUUAUGCUGAUCCUAAUGAUAUUGGUCGUCUCAAUGUUUUGGACUUGCAGGUACAAAUUCGACGUCUUCCAAAACCAGUAAUAGCAAUGGUUGCAGGUUAUGCUGUAGGAGGGGGACAUGUGUUGCACAUGGUUUGUGAUCUCACAAUUGCGGCCGAUAAUGCUAUAUUUGGCCAAACCGGUCCAAAGGUUGGAAGCUUUGAUGGUGGUUAUGGAAGUUCCAUAAUGUCACGGUUGAUUGGACCCAAAAAGGCACGCGAGAUGUGGUUUCUAGCAAGGUUCUACACAGCUUCUGAAGCAGAGAAAAUGGGCCUUGUUAACACUGUUGUACCUUUGGACAGUUUGGAACAAGAAACAAUUAAAUGGUGUCGACAGAUACUGAGGAAUAGCCCAACUGCAAUUCGUGUACUUAAGUCAGCUCUUAAUGCGGUUGAUGAUGGUCAUGCAGGACUUCAGGAACUUGCUGGGAAUGCCACACUUAUAUUCUAUGGCACUGAGGAAGGCAAUGAGGGGAAGACAGCUUAUAUGCAACGCAGACGUCCGGAUUUCUCAAGAUUUCCUCGACGACCUUAGACAGAAGCUCUGAAUUUAAUUUUCAGUAAUAGAAUAUGAAAUGUAAUGUACGAGCAUUAUGUUUUGGUUGAAAAGAUAAAAUUAAUGUAAUGUAACAGUAACAUUUUUUGUAUUCUUUUUUUUUUUUUCCUUUUAAAUUACACCAGUUGAUGUAAUGACUAUUCAACCGGUUGCUAGAAUGAAUUCUGUUCUUUUUUUCAAA